GCCUGAAACUAGCGCCCAUGCCAGAAAGUAGUUCGACCUUAUUUGCCGGGGCCUCCUUCCUGAUGGAACAAGCGAGGGUGGUGGACUUGAUCGAACUGAUUCAGGCUUCCAAAAAACAAUUGGAAGAUCUGCAGCAGCCCAACGACGACCCCCUGCUUGCCGAGUCCAGCAGUGAAAGCACCUUGGUCACACCGAGCAGGAGGUGCGAUUCAGAACUCGACGAAACCCCAGAAAAGGUUGAUCAGAUGGCUGGGGCUCAGGGUCAAGGUGAGGCAGGGCCCGACGACGAAACCAUCCCGGCAACAGACGUUGAAGAUUUGUUGCAAAAGCUCGACACAGUCGCGACACUGCCUGAAACCAAUGAAAGCUCUGAAAGCGCGUGGCCGUCGGAUUGGCAUGAUGCGCAAAGCCGUCGCUCCCCCACCCUUUCUCCCCUUCGAGAAGAUGAUCCGUAUGUUAUUGCCUUUUCCGAUUCUGGGGAAGAGGAGCCCGACACUGAUGAGGGCCUGGCCAAGAAACUCGCAGCUGCAAUGUCAUCUGCGCCAACCUCGUCGGAGCAGGCGCCGGGCAAGGAAACUGUUGAGACGGUAGCUUCCUCGCCUGCUACACCAGCUGGUUCACAUACUCCUCCUGGUGAGCGUCCUGCCCACCCAUCGCACGAAAGCGACACCCAGGGGGAUGAAAGCGGUGAUGAUGAGGUGAUCAAGCUCAAAGCUGCCAUGAACGCCAAGCUGCGGAGAAUUUGCCAGCCUAAGGCUUCUUCAGGGCAAUUGGAUGUGAGUGCGGAAGUGCACAAGGCAUGGAAACAAAAAGGCAAAAGUCGUGAACACCUCCUCAACAUGCUCAUGGAGUGUGGUGGAAGCAAGGACGCUUUCUUGAAGAUGGUGACCCGGCGCUUCAAGAAGUCUCGAAAGGGGUCUUUGAAGGCCCGGGGCGGCUUCUACAGCGAACUCCAGAUGAAGAACACGUUAGGCUAUCCACCGAAAAGGAUUGCUGCCAUCACCAAAUACUGCUCUCACAAGUCGCGCCGCAAAACCCACACCCGCAAGGACAAGUAUGAAGAGGACUUGCAGUACUAUUGGGUUGAGUUCACUGAGGAAGGGGAGGUAGAAAAGUGCGAAGAAGAAGAAGAAACUGAAGAGCAACAUGAGAUGGCGAAGGGGAAGGUGAAAGGGCUGGGUAUGUCGAUGCAAGCCUGUCCAUCAGGUCUCUUGAGCGAUGGCACGGGUGAUGAUGGCUCAUGUGGCUCUGGCGACAACGCUUCUGGUGAUGAGGGCCAGGGUGGCGGCCGUGACAAACGGAAACGGGCGAGCUCCAAGGGUGAGAACAAACGCACGAAAAAGAAGGGGAACAAGGGCAAGCGGAACAAUAGCAGUGAGGUUGAAGAAGAGGGCGCUGACGGCAUCCCGAAGGUCCUGGAUGAGCUUCUCAAAGAGCAGUCGAAGAUGGCUGGCCUUAUCAAAGCAGAAGUAGAUUCUUCGGGCAAGGGGAAGAUGACCCCAGAGUUGAAAUCAAAACUGGCUUCGAAAACAUGCGAAAUGGAACGCCUGUGCAGCCGGGCAAAUGUCGAGGCGAACAAGAUCAAAAAGACUGUGCUGAAGAAGGUCAAACCUGAGCCAACGCAUGAGAAAGCCAAGAAACAAAGUAAGAAAGUCCAGGAUAAGCCAAAGUCCUCGAGCCCUGGCAAAGCUAAGGGUUCCAAAUCCAGUCGCCGCAAAGACAAGUCGACUUGAUUUUGCGGGUACGCCUGCAUAACUGCAGUAAGCUUUGGCCCGCUGUUGCACAUUGGGUUUAGCAGCGUAGAGCCAUAGCUUACAUGGUUUCCUGCAGUGUGGCUUAGAUUGA